AUGCAAACAUAUAGAGAUAAUUCAAUACAAAUAAUAAAUAAUAAUAGUCAACAAGAAAAGAAAGAUGAAAAGGGAAUAGUAGUAGAUGAAGGAGGAGAAGAUUAUAUUAAAAAGAUACCAACUAUACUACUUUUAAAUAUUAUUAAUCAUGUAGAUGAUAAUGUAGAUUUAGUUUGUCUAUUGUUUAGUUGUAAAAGAUUAUUCAACUUUACUUCUGCUGUUAACAGUAAUAUAACAUUUAAAAAAGAUGAAAUUGUAGACUUUGAAUGUAUCUAUUACUCUCAGAAAUGUUAUCAUUUAAAGUCAUUCAAGAAAAUGUUUACAAAUACAUUUUCAGAUACAAUGAUUAUAACAGAUAAUUUUAAAACACCUGAUAUGAUCGAAGAGAAUAUUAAAAAUGUAGUAUUAUUGGAUCUAUAUCAAGAGGAACUAUUAGAAGAAAGUAUUGAACCUUCAACACUAUCAAUACCUCGAUCAACCACUUUAUUGGAAUUGCAAAGACCAAUCUAUGACCCAUUGCCAACCGAUUAUUUCCCACCACUUCUUCAACACUUGACCAUAACCUAUGGUGAAAAGAAUGUUGCUGAUCGAGCGUGGUUACCCGAUUCACUAAAAUCACUAACCAUGGUAGUCUUGGAUCGUGGGUUUACCUCUCCCAAAGCAUUGCCAGUGGGUCUUGAAAGUCUAGAAUAUAGAGACCAUCACCGUGAUACGAAUAUCAGUCUAUUACCUCGGUGGCUCGGACUAGACAGACUCGGGUCUCUCAAAUCGCUGACAUCUGACCGUGCCCAUGAUGAAAAGGGUGUCGCCUACAGCACCUUACCACAGAGCUUGACCAAUCUCGGCCUCUAUUUGGAUACAUCACCACUGUCCACCUACUUUGAACCACUCUCAAAGCUGGUACAUCUCGACAUUUCAUUCUGUGGAAGAAACGGUAACCAACCAACCGACCAACACUCCUUGUUGUAUUUUGACAGUCUUGUCUCGUUGGAAACAUUGCAACUCGGGUUGAUCGGUCCCAUUCACGCGUCACAAAUCCGUCUUGCUCCUCGUCUAUUGAAAUUCAAGCAAACCAAUUACGAUCAACGUAUUGGCAAUCUGACCAAUCAAUUCUUUCCACCAACUCUGACAUGCUUGAGUAUUAACCUAGACACUGAUGAUUUUACCAUGUUAUCAUUGUCAUCAUGUCUACCACAAUUGACUUGGUUAUCAAUCAAAUGUCUCUCAUCAAAUGUACCUGUGGAAUUCAUUCCGCCGAGUAUCAAGACACUUGAAAUAUAUAAUCAUGUAGACGUUACACAACUCUACAAAUUGCAUAACUCGAUCGAGAAACUUGUACUCUGGAAUCUCAAACAUCAAAUCGAUAUGGAUACUCCCAUCACUCUACCCGAUGGUUUACAAAAGUUUACUUGGGUUCACUAUGACAAAUUCUCUUCUUCUUCUUCAAACAAACGACUUGAAGUUAUUUACCCUCCAACAUUAAAAUAUAUUGAUUAUAGUCAAUUUAGAAUCCCCUACCAAAAUAUCAUUCCAACAUCAGUCAAUGAAUUCAAAUACACGACCAAGCCCAAAACUACCACCACAAUCAACAACAACAACAACAACAACAAUACAACACAAAUAGAAAUUCACUCGAUUGGUGACGACGGUUUUGUAUUCCCAUCGACUCUUACCAAACUAACUGCAACUAUACGUUGCAAUGACAUUUUGAUGUUUGGAUUGGAUCAGGUAAUCAAUCAAACAAAUGUAGAUCAACUAUUAAUACUCGGACCUGGUUUCACUUUCAAAGUGCAUAUUCGUAGAUUAGAUCCAGAAAAUAGAAAUGUAUUAAUAAUUGGUAAAUCACUUUAUGGUGGAAUCAUUCAUCAACACAUUGAUCAACAACUGACCUCUGAUGGUGAACAACAGUAUCGACCAAUUUAUAUUUUAAUUCAACAUAUGCAACCUCCAAUACUAUCAUAUGAUAUUCCCAACACUCUAAAUUAA